AGAUGGAGUCUCCUGAGAGAGUGACAGAGGGAGAUUCAGUCCGUCUGACAUGUAAAAGCAGCUGCACUCUGACUGACAGAGCAACAUUCAUCUGGUACAGAAACUCACAGCCAUUAACUGAGAGAAGAGACAGAAACAAUGAACUCCUGCUGCAGUCAGUCAGAAGAGAGGAUGCAGGCAGAUAUAGCUGUGCUGUACACGGACACAAUCACAUCUCUCCUGCUGUUCAGCUCAAUGUCACGUAUCCUCCAGUGAAUCCUGUGAUCUCCAUCAGUCCAUCUGGUGAAAUAGUGUCAGGAGAUUCAGUGACUCUGAUCUGCAGCAGUGAUUCAAACCCUCCUGCUCUGAACUUCAGCUGGUUUAAAGGAGGAACUUUUGUAGGAUCUGGAAGAAUCUUCAACAUCUCAAAGAUCAGCUCUGAUGACAGUGGAGAAUACAAGUGCAGAUCCAUCAAUGAACAUGGAGAGAAAUACUCUGAUACUGUGACUUUAAACGUCAUGUAUCCUCCCAGGAGCGUCUCAGUGUCCAUCAGUCCAUCUGGUGAAAUAGUGUCAGGAGAUUCAGUGACUCUGAUCUGCAGCAGUGAUUCAAACCCUCCUGCUCUGAACUUCAGCUGGUUUAAAGGAGGAACGUUUGUAGGAUCUGGAAGAAUCUUCAACAUCUCAAAGAUCAGCUCUGAUGACAGUGGAGAAUACAAGUGCAGAUCCAUCAAUGAACAUGGAGAGAAAUACUCUGAUACUGUGACUUUAAACGUCAUGUAUCCUCCCAGGAGCGUCUCAGUGUCCAUCAGUCCAUCUGGUGAAAUAGUGUCAGGAGAUUCAGUGACUCUGAUCUGCAGCAGUGAUUCAAACCCUCCUGCUCUGAACUUCAGCUGGUUUAAAGGAGGAACGUUUGUAGGAUCUGGAAGAAUCUUCAGCAUCUCAAAGAUCAGCUCUGAUGACAGUGGAGAAUACAAGUGCAGAUCCAUCAAUGAACAUGGAGAGAAAUACUCUGAUGCUGUGACUUUAAUCAUCAUUUCAGUCAGAUGUUUCUCAUCUGUAGCUGUUGCUGUUGGUGUUUUACUCGGUGGAGCAUCAGGUGCUUUUGUUAUGUACAUUUGUCUUUCUAGAAGAAUGAAAAGAAGAUCUGCUGUGAAGGAGAUCUCUGAUCCCGAUGAAGACACAUAUACAGUUCUUGAGCUCAAAUCCACGACCUCUGACCCGUACGACACACUCACAACGGUUCAUCCCAGAGCUCCUGAAGACUCCUGCAGGACUCUUGAUCCUCAGAGCUUUUCUAAACAUGAGAAUCCAUCAGUGAGUGUGUUUCUAGUGCUGGUUGGGAUCAAGAAAGUGUUCUGGACAAAAGUCUUUAUAAGAGGUAAUAAUAAAAAUAAAGGUAUAGAUCCUCCAGAUCUGUCUAAUGACAUUGAAUACAGUCAGAGGCUUCAGUAUCUGGGAGAUAAACAGCAGAACUGCACCAUCAGACUGAGUCAUGUGACACUGAAGGAUUCACACAUGUACUAUUUCAGAUUCAUCACUGAUAAAGACAAAUGGACUGGUAAAACAGGAGUGACUCUUUCUGUCACAGAUCCUCCCAGGAACGUCUCCAUCAUUCAGUCUGGUCAGAUUUGGGCAGGAGAUUCAGUGUCUCUGAUCUGCAGCAGUGAUUCAAACCCUCCUGCUCUGAACUUCAGCUGGUUUAAGGAGAAUGAAAGCUCAGCUGUUGGAUCUGGACAGAGUUUCAGUGCACUACAGAGUGGACGCUUCUACUGUCAGGCUCACAAUCAACAUGGAUCUCAGAGAUCAGACGCUGUAACUGUCACAGUUCAUCAUGGUGCUGGUAGGAAUGUGAUUGUGAUCGCAGCGACAUCUGGAGGAUUAUUCUUCAUCAUCAUCAUCAUCAUAAUGUGA